AUGUUACCUUACCGCAAGGUCCAUAAUCUGAAGUGUCUAAAUUAUUUCAUUACAUACUAUUUCUUACCAGAAACCAACGAAACUCGAGGUGGUGCUCUGUCAAGAAAAUAUAUUGAAAUAUUUCUCCGAUAUAUUAGUGACCCUGGUUUUCAAAGUGGUGUUGCAAACGAUUUUGGUAUUGAAAGAACAACAGUUUGUAAGACUGUAGAUUAUGUUGUGCAAAAAAUUAUGGAGAAGGCAGGUCAAUGGAUACUGUUUCCAACAACCGAACGAGAUUUAAACGAAGCAAAGACAAGUUGGAUGGCAAAAUACAGGAUUCCCACCGUAAUUGGCCCACUUGAUUGUACCCAUAUACAAGUUAAAAAAUCUGAUGAGCAGUUUGGCGGUGAGUACAUAAAUGGGAAAAAUGUUGCUUCAUUAAAUGUGCAGAUGACAUGUUAUGCAAUGGAAAUGAUCACAAGUAUAGACAAGCAAUGGCCUGGAAGUGUGCACGAUGGUAGGAUUUGGAGACAAAGUGCUGUUCAACAAAAACUUGCAAGAUUCCAAGAGAAUGCUUGCUUGCUAGGAGACAGCGGAUAUGGUAUAUCUCCAUGGCUUUUAACAACUUAA